CCUUUUUAAGGACAUGCUUAGAUAUGUGGGAAUUUAGGUUUUAUUCAAAAUCAAAGGAAGGAUGCUAUGAAUUGUUAAGUUUGUCAAAUUUAUGCUUUCAUUUUCUUGUUGAAGGUGAUAACAUUCAAGCAUAUGUAAGAGGAAAACUAAAUGGUGAAAAAGGGAAAAACAUAGAGACCCCUUAUUUAAAGAGGUCCUCCGCACGAUACAAAGUCGCGCUUCUCCUUCUCGCUCGCUUCUCGGUCAUUCUCCGAUUUCACAGAAAGAAGAAGAAAGAAGAGGAGGAGGAGGAGGAGGAGGAGGAUGGGUUCGACGGAAGACGACUUGGAAGAGUUCUUGCAACAGAAGCAGCGCGUCAGGAACCCUCUCGUACCAGUAGGUGCUCUCAUGACUGCUGGAGUGCUCACAGCGGGUUUGAUAAGUUUCAGACGAGGGAACUCUCAGUUGGGACAGAUGCUAAUGAGAGCUCGUGUGGUGGUCCAGGGUGCAACAGUUGCGCUUAUGGUUGGCACUGCCUAUUACUAUGGAGGAAAUCCCUGGAAAUCACAUUAAAACAUGAAAAAUUUAGUCUCUCUUACCUCAUGAUUUUUUUGUAUCAAUGAGGGGCUACUUCAUUAAUCUGAAUCAGCUUUAUGGCCACAAUCAGUGUCAUUUGUUAAUGUAAUAACAUUCGGAAUGUGGUGAAUAAGCUGACUUGCAAAGUGAAAUAUUGAUUCAUAAAUAACUUUUAUGCAA